GUAGUACUACUACUACUACCUUGGCAAGAAUCCACAACAAGAGCAGCGGUUUUCUGAGAGAGUCAGAGUCUGCGUUUGAGUUUCCCCAAUCCCUUCCUUCCUUCCUUCUUAUUCAUUCUUACUAAUCUAUAACCCUAUUCAUUCUUUAUUUACGAUGAUGCUUUGGUUCAGUUGUUGAGUUCUUCUUGCGAUUAUUUUUAGCUUGUUAUCCCCUUCGAAAACCCCUAUUGGCUAUUGGCUAUGGCAAAUUCUCGAAUUGGUUCGUCAUUUUCUUGUUCAGCGGCUUCCAUUUCUUCUCCUUUUCAACGCACAAGAGCUCCCGCUUCCCAGUUGAGCUUAUCACAAGGGGUGUUUGUCAACCAGCUAUCUGUUGCUCAGCUGAAGAUACACACUAAAGACAAAUCAUGGCGGUUUAAAUUUACAAAUGGAAAGCCAAAGUUAAAAGGAAGGUUCCAGAAACAGCACAGUGCUCUUUUUGUUGUCUCUGAGGACCAGUCAGAACACAGUGAGCUUGAAAUAGCUGCUACAGUGCCUGAAAACAACAAUAAUAUUGUUCAAAACUUCUCUCCUGCAAGCAACUCUUCUUAUCAUUUGUCAGGGAGUGACGGAAAACCAGGUUUAAUAUCAUUUUAUAGUCGUCCAUAUGGAAGAGAUAAUGAGGUCCUUUUAUCAAAUCCAGAGAAGAGUCAAAAUAGCAUAUUAUGGUUUAUGGGCCCUACGGUCCUCGUUGCCUCUUUCAUUUUUCCUUCACUAUACAUGCGUAAAUUGCUCUCCAUCAUUUUCGAGGACUCUUUAUUAACAGAUUUCCUCAUAUUAUUCUUCACUGAAGCAAUUUUCUAUUGUGGUGUUUCACUAUUUCUUUUUCUACUGGACCAUUUAAGGAGACCUGUACAACUGGAUAUUGUUGCAAAUAAUGGCAACACUCUGCCCCCUCAGAUGGGACAGAGAAUCUCUUCUGUUGCUACACUGGUACUUAGUCUUGUAAUUCCUAUGGUCACUAUGGGUUUGGUCUGGCCAUGGACAGGCCCUGCAGCCUCAGCAACUCUUGCUCCAUACCUUGUUGGCAUAGUUGUCCAGUUCGCGUUCGAGCAGUAUGCUAGAUAUCGGAAAUCGCCUUCAUGGUGUGCUAUUCCAUUCAUAUUUCAAGUGUAUAGGCUGCACCAACUAAAUAGAGCAGCACAACUGGUGACAGCUUUAUCAUCUACCGUAAGAGGAGCUGAGAUGACCUCGCACAACAUGGCCAUAAUCAGCUCUCUGGGUACCCUUCUAAAUGUCCUCCAAUCUCUUGGUGUGAUUUGCAUUUGGUCCCUGUCAAGCUUCCUCAUGAGAUUUAUACCUUCUGCUUCCACAACCAUGCAGUGAACUAAAGAAUUUAUUGUAAAGUUUGUUAACAAUGUCAUGUGUCCCAACCCAUAGUUAAUUUUUGUGGCAGAAUCUGCAGAUGUACUUGUUAUUGUUUUAUUUUGUGGUCUAAACUGUUAAGUCUAAUUGGACAUUUAAACACUAAUCCUUUGACUCGUCUAGACUAAUUUGUAAUUGAGGACCUUGGAUACCGAAGAAAUAACAGGAAUACUUGUAGUUUUACGGCA